GACAAACUCUCUUCUCUAUCCAAAUCCAUUUAUUUAUACCAAAAUUUACUACUGAAGUAAUAUCAUAUUGCUGCAAAAUCAAACACAAUCAAAUCCAAUCGAUUCCUCUUGUAGUCUUAUUGUCUCCCAUCCCAAAGAACGAACACUCCUAUAAACCAACUCAAUCAUAUACAGAGAUACACACUUAUCUGUGUGUGUGUGAGAGGGAGAGUUUGAGAUGGCUUCAAUUGGGUUGACUCAGAUAAAGUGGAGGAACUCGGUGGCCGAGUUUCCGAUGACUCGGCCACGGUGGAGGGAUUAUAAUAGCAGAAGUAGAGUUGAAUUGAGGGUGGUUGCUUCGGAGACUCAAGUAGAGCCUGAUCUGAGUGUGACUGUAAAUGGGUUGAAGAUGCCGAAUCCAUUUGUAAUUGGGUCGGGUCCUCCGGGGACCAACUAUACAGUCAUGAAGAGAGCUUUUGAUGAAGGCUGGGGCGGUGUUAUCGCCAAAACAGUGUCACUUGAUGCUGCAAAAGUGAUAAACGUAACCCCUCGAUAUGCUCGACUAAGAGUAGGAGCAAAUGGCUCAGCAAAAGGGCAAAUUAUCGGGUGGGAGAAUAUUGAACUCAUAAGUGAUCGGCCUCUUGAAACUAUGUUGAAAGAAUUUAAACAACUAAAAGAUGAGUAUCCAGAUAGGAUACUUAUUGCUUCAAUCAUGGAGGAGUAUGACAAGGCUGCCUGGGAGGAACUGAUUGACCGAGUAGAGCAAACUGGAAUUGAUGCUAUUGAAAUCAAUUUCUCCUGCCCUCAUGGUAUGCCAGAGCGGAAAAUGGGAGCCGCUGUUGGGCAAGAUUGUGCACUGCUGGAGGAAGUAUGUGGAUGGAUUAAUGCGAAAGCUACAGUUCCAGUCUGGGCAAAGAUGACUCCAAACAUUACUGACAUCGCACAGCCAGCUAGGGUGGCUCUGAGAACAGGUUGCGAGGGUGUAUCUGCUAUCAACACAAUCAUGAGUGUUAUGGGAAUCAAUCUCAAUACCUUACGUCCCGAGCCUUGUGUCGAGGGAUACUCAACCCCUGGGGGCUAUUCUUCCAAGGCAGUACAUCCUAUUGCCCUUGGAAAAGUGAUGAGCAUUGCACAAAUGAUGAAGUCGGAAUUUGAAGGUAAGGACUAUACGCUUUCUGCUAUUGGAGGUGUUGAGACAGGCGGUGAUGCUGCUGAAUUCAUUCUUCUUGGAGCAGAUACAGUUCAGGUCUGCACUGCUGUUAUGAUGCAUGGAUAUGGUCUUGUAAAGAAACUCUGCUCUGAGCUGAAGGAUUUUAUGAGAAAGCACAACUUUUCCUCAAUUGAAGAUUUUCAAGGGGUUUCUCUUCAGUAUUUUACAACACACAUGGAUUUGGUAAGAAGACAACAGGAAGCAAUUCGACAAAGGAAAGCCAUCAGGCAAGGUUUACAGUCUGACAAAGACUGGACAGGAGAUGGUUUUGUAACAGAAACUGAGAGCAUGGUUUCUAAUUGAAUUGUUAUUCUGUAACAUGCCUCCUACCCUGUACUGUUGAAAAUAAAUGAGCUUUUGACCUUUCUAGUUGUGGUGAGGGAAAGACUGGUUUUCCUUUGUUGGUUUUUCUUUCUGGUCAUAUUGUAAAUGUGCCUUCUUCCUUGUACCUAUGGAAAAUAAAUGGGCUUUUGACCUUUCCAUUGUGUUAGGUAAAAGUCUGUUUCUCAUUUGUAUAUGGUACAAAGCCAAAAUGGAAAUGUUGAAGGAGUCACUUUGUUAAUUUUAAGGCUGGUUUCCAUUGCUGGUUUUCCUUACAAGUUAUACUGUCAUGUGCCUUCUUCCUUGUACUAUUGAAAAUAAUAGGCUUUUGACCUUUCUAUUAUGUUAAGUGAAAGACUGGUUCUCAUUUGAAUAUGUUCCAG